AUGCCCGGUUUUGGCCUUGCCUUCCUUUUGAGUCGUUUGGGCGAUGGUGCACGUGGAGCGUCCGCUCUGGCCAAACGCGCCACAGCCGUGCGGCUCCCGUUGCGACCGCGACAGACCUCCAUUGUUGCAACAAGAGCAGCUAAAGAGCCACCAACGCAAGCGGGGUCCAAGCGAAGUUUGGCCACCUUAGCACUGGUGGCGGGCGCCUUCCGCAGCACCAAGCGCCGCGAGCAGCGCUUGCGGCGCAUCGGCAGCUCGCGGGUGGCCUUGGGAGGAAUGAUGCGAAUGAUCAGCCCAGAUGAAGCACUUCCAGGUCGGGAGACUGAGCUGCCGAUUUCGUCCACGCACGCGGUGCUCGGAACGCCCAUGAAGGGUACUGGCGGCGACUACGCCUUCGCGGUGGAUCGCAACGGUUUCCAUUGGAAAUGUGUGAAUCGUUUACAAAUCCAAGGUGAUCCUGGACAUCACGAGAACUGGGCCUGCAUUCCCUUGGCGUGUUACAAUGAGGAAGGGAACAUCGCAUCUGGCUUUAAGUUUGAUGAGGAUUGCAAACGUCCCUGGCUGGUUGGCAACGACGACGGUGCGGUGGUUGCGGAUGCACCGCAAAAUGCUGAGGAAUAUCCGCCCAUUGAGCUGCUGAAGCGCCCCUUGAGACCUGACGAGAUGACGAUGCCCAGUUGGCUCGGACUC